AUGGCUUUCUUCUCCUCUAAAACUCUGAUCCAGGCGCAUGCCCUGUUCCUUUUUAUACUCGCUGUUUACCUGACCAAGUCCCCUGAUGUCAUCACCGACUCCGAUCUGGUCUUCAUGCUCGGGGAAGCGAUGAAAAUCGAUGUCUCCCCGACCUUCUCCCGCCCGCAAUCCCCCUUUGCCAUCUGCGGCGUCCUCCUAGUCGCCGAUGCCCUCGUCGACCUCAUCGUCGUGACAAAAGUGCCCCAGAUCAACGAGAUACUGGGACGAAUGGACGCUCUCAACUCGCGAUCAUCACGGUUGAGCACCAAUGCCUCGUUGGGCCGCGCCAAUCAUCCAUUGACGGUUCGCAUCGCCGCCCUCUACUCCGAGAUCUGGACGUUGCUCGCCGCAUCGCGCUUCUGCCUGUUCUUCGCCGUUUCGUUUUUCAUCUACCAAAGUAAGCCCGGUGCAUGGGGCUUUAGCUCAGAGACCACCGCCGGACGAUAUGGGUCGAGAGCGGGCAGUGAAGCGGCGUCUGGGCUGGAUCAAUUGAAGAACCGGGUAGUGUUUACAUACGGAUUCAUAGAAAUGAUGUUCUGGCUUUGGAUCCUCCUUACACUCCACGACGAGCGACGAGAAGUGGCAGCCCGCCUCGCAGCCGCUCAAGCUGCCGAACUUGAACAGACUAACGCGCAGUGA